AGCUGUUGGUUUUUUAGGUUAAGUUAAUUUAUAUCAUAAAUAAACAACUUGACUGGAUGCUAUAAUUUUGUCUAAAUAGAAAACGAGCAAUGGGAGUCGAAAAUAAACGUAGAGCAGAAGAUAGUGCUCUUGUACCCAUAAGCAAGAAGCAGAAACAUGAAUUGGCUGUUAAAAAUAAAAAUACUUCUGUUCUUCAAGCUGCCCCAACCAGAACUUCGAAUUUAUUCGCACCUAUUAUGCAGUUAGAUGGACACGAAGGGGAAAUUUUUAGUGUCGAUUUUCACCCAGAAGGCCAAUAUUUAGCUUCAACAGGUUUUGAUAGAAGGAUUUUUAUUUGGAGUGUUUAUGGAGAAUGUGAAAACAUAUCUGUCUUAAGUGGCCAUACAGGUGCUAUAACUGAAAUGCAUUUUACCACAGAUGGAUCAAAUAUAUUCACUUCCAGUACAGAUCACACUUUAAGCCUCUGGGACAUUGUAACUUCCCAAAGAAUUAAGAAAUAUAAAGGACACACAACAUUUGUCAACUGUGUUCAAGGUGCCAGACGAGGACCCCAACUUCUGUGCUCUGGUGGUGAUGAUAGUGCAAUUAGAGUUUGGGAUAUUAGAAAUAAAAGAAGUGUUUUUAGCAUGAAUACAACUUAUCAAACUACUGCAGUGGCUUUUAAUGAUACUGCAGAGCAAAUAUUUAGUGGGGGAAUUGACAAUGACAUUAAGGUUUGGGAUGUUCGUACGAAAGAAGUGUUAUAUGAACUUAAAGGUCAUACAGACACUGUAACUGGUCUUUCCUUAAGUGGCGAUGGAUCAUAUCUUCUCAGUAAUUCAAUGGACAAUUCCUUAAGGAUAUGGGAUAUCAGACCUUAUGCACCAAUGGAGAGGUGUGUCAAGGUUUUUAGUGGCCACCAACAUAAUUUUGAAAAGAACUUAUUAAGGUGUGCCUGGUCACCAGAUGGUACAAAAAUUUCAUGUGGUUCUGCUGAUAGAUUUGUUUAUAUCUGGGAUACUACUUCUAGAAGAAUAAUAUAUAAACUACCAGGUCAUAAUGGCAGUGUAAAUGAUGUUAAAUUUCAUCCCAAUGAACCCAUUGUUUUAUCUGGAUCUAGCGACAAACAACUAUUUUUAGGAGAGAUUGAUGCAUGAUUUGUGUGAAUUUAAAUAUAUAAUUUAAGUAUGUUUUUUUUUUAUUUUGACCAUUUUAUUUGAAUAUAUCAUUUGCAAUAAUCAGUAAACUCUUUGUUUUUAUACAUUUUUUGAAAAUUCUGAAUUGUGAAAGCUUCCAACACCGAAAAUGGAUUUUGCCACUUCCAAAUUAAACUGCAUUGAACACAAAUUAAUUUAUGAAGUAAACUGCCA